GCAGGUGCGCUUGAGCAGGUAGCUGCAGGUUCUUGGAGAGUGUGUGUGUGUCCGGUUCCAUCAUGGCCAGAACCGGUUUUUGUGAUUCCAGGGCGCUGCUGGACCGCAAGACAGAAGAAGCCAGGUUCCCUUUGCGCACGUGGGCAAACGCAUGCGCUGUGCGGGAGCGCGGGGUGCCGAGAGAGGGAGAGAAGCAGAAACAGCAGCACAAAGCAGACAAUACAGACAAUACAGAGCACAGAUGGGUCCAGCAGUUGCUGUUAUUGGCAGAAGAUGGAAUCAUUAUGGAGUGUGGAUCAGGUGUUCCAGCAGUAAAGCAUUAUGAGGAGGAAGCUGUGUUAAGUCACCUGCAUGGUCUACAGCUUGCACCCACGUUAAGGGAUCUUGUUCCCGAGCUGGUUCGCAGAGAGAUAGAAGUGGCAAUGAGCAAACUUGGGAUGCUGUACGAUCGCACGUACACGUGGGACAUUUUUUCGGACAUGAUGAGAAGUCAGCCGCACCUUGCUCUGUCAAGCAGCGACCUGCCAAAGCCAUUUACGGAAACGACGCGUGCCAUUUUGGUGGACUGGCUCGUUCAGGUUCAUGAAGCAUUUAACUUUUCGGAGGAGACACUUUAUUUAGCUGUGCACCUGCUGAACCGUGUGCUCCAGCAGAUCAAAAUCUCCAUUUCCAGUUUACAGCUGCUUGGCGUUGUGUGUCUGUUUCUUGCCGCAAAGAAAGAAGAAUGCCUGCUUCCAGAGGUAUCUGAGCUGUGCUACCUGAUGGCAAACACUUACAGUAAGAAGCAGUUGUUGCGGAUGGAGCGCAGGGUUUUAUGCACACUGAAGUUUGACCUGUCUCACACACCACCCAUUCACUUCUUGCUACUGUCAGCAUACAUCGCGCGCUGUGGUGAAAAGGUAAUCUGCAUGGCACGGUAUCUGUUGGAGCUCUCUCUCCUUGAAGCGAAGUGUGUGUGUUUUUUCCCGGUUCAGCUCGCUGCUGCUGCUCUCCGUCUCGCACGCUAUAUAAUUCCGGAGCCCCACACACCUGAAAGUGAGGCAGCCUGGUGUAUCGCAUCUACUAUAAACCUGGGCAGCGAGGCAACACUCCUCACAAUCAUGCACAUCAUGGCUGCUGCAGCAGCGAGGGCUCACACCCAAGAAACUCGAGCAACGUUUGUUAAAUUCUCUACAAAGGAGACGCUGUAUGCGAGUCUGCACCCUACACUGAAGAGCGCUCCCUGUCUUCUGAGCCUGCAGACCUGAACUAUAUUAACAGUAAAAAAAGUACCGUCUAUAACUAAAUGUUUAUAUUUGUAUCUUGUAACUCUUUUAGGUCAUCUUGUCCAAAAAAGUUUAAAUUGUGUUUGUAACUAUUUUAAAUAUGUGAAUUAAAAGUACUUUGUUAAAUAUUGAAAA